AUGACUCACUAUGAACAAGACCGUAGUGCACUUAAAAAGAGGGAAUGGGAGCGGAGGAAUCAAGAAGUCCAGCAAGAAGAAGAUCUCUUUUCGUCAGGCUUUGAUCUUUUUGGGGAGCCCUACAAGACAAACAAAGGUGAUGCACUUGCCAGCCGAGUCCAGAACACGCUGGGGAACUAUGAUGAAAUGAAGGAUUUGCUAACUAACCAUUCUAAUCAGAACCAUCUAGUGGGAAUCCCAAAGAAUUCUGUGUCCCAGACUCCCAUCAACAAAAAUGAACCAAGCUUUUUUCCAGAACAAAAGAACCGAAUGAUCUCACCUCACCAGGAUAAUACCCACUCCUCAACACCAAUGCCUCCACCUUCUGUUGUGAUACUGAAUUCAACUCUAAUACACAGCAACAGAAAAUCUAAGGGUGACUGGUCACGAGACAGCCCUAACCCCAACACUAUACCAGCAAGCCAGGCCAGUAACCAGCCAAGCAAGAUGCAAACCUCUCUACAGGACCAGCCCCAAGCCAGACUGGAAGAUUUCUUUGUCUACCCAGCUGAACAGCCCCAGAUUGGAGCAGCUGAAGAGUCAAACCCAUCGAGAAAGGAAGACAGUAAUCCCAAAUCCAAUGGAGAGGAGACUUUCAAAGAAAUCUUUCAAUCCAACUCACCAGGAGAAUCCGAAUUUACAGUGCAAGCGCCUGGGUCUCCCCUAGUUGCCUCAUCUUUAUUAGCACCCAGCAGUGGCCUUUCAGCUCAAAACUUCACACCAGGACUUUACUGCAAACCAAGCAUGGGACAGCAAAAGCCAACUGCAUAUGUACGACCCAUGGAUGGCCAGGACCAGGCACCGGACAUCUCACCAACACUGAAGCCUUCCAUUGAAUUUGAGAACAGUUUUGGGAAUCUGUCUUUUGGGUCACUCUUAGAUGGAAAGCCCAGUGCAGCCAGUACAAAGACAAAACUGCCAAAGUUCACGAUUCUUCAAACAAAUGAAGUGAACCUUCCCAGUGAUCCGAGCUGUGUUGAGGAAAUCUUACGGGACAUGACCCAUUCCUGGCCACCUCCUCUAACUGCCAUGCACACCCAUGAAAAUUCUGAGCAGAGCACAUUUUCCAUCAUGGGGCAGGAAUCCCAACAUCUGACCCCAGGAUUCACCUUACAAAAGUGGAGUGACCCAACCAGCAGAGCAUCUACAAAAAUGCUAGAAGACGACCUGAAGCUGAGCAGUGAUGAAGAUGACCUUGAACCUGUGAAGACCCUAACCACUCAGUGCACUGCCACUGAACUCUACCAGGCUGUUGAAAAAGCAAAGCCUAAGAAUAAUCCUGGAAACCUACUGGUGGCUACACCUCAACUCCCACCCACAGUGCAAGCCAAUGGAGGAUCUGGAAGCUCCAGCGACUCAGAGAGCAGCUCCGAGUCCGACUCAGAUACCGAAAGCAGUACCACAGACAGUGAAUCCAAUGAAGCCCCUCGUGUGGCCACUCCAGAGCCUGAGCCACCCUCCACCAACAAGUGGCAGCUGGAUAAAUGGCUUAACAAAGUGACAUCCCAGAACAAGUCAUUCAUUUGUGGACAAAAUGAAACACCAAUGGAAACAAUUUCUCUGCCUCCUCCAAUCAUCCAACCAACAGAAGCCCAGGUGAAAAUGAAGACGAACCCCAGCCAGGUCCUGGCUGAACCCAAAGAGAGACGACCUCUCCUCACUCUCAUUCGGGAGAAAUCCCGUCCACGGCCCACACUGAAAAACCCAGAAACGAAGGCUUUGAAGCAUAAAUUAUCAACAACCCUUGAGGCAUCCUCUCCAAGGACAAUCGGGAAAAAACAGCCCAAAAAGACGGAGAAGAACAGCAGCAUUGAUGACUUUCCUUGGCCCAAACCAAAUAUUACCAGCAGUACUCCCAAAGAAAAAGAAAGCGUGGAGCUUCCUGAUCCACCCAGAGGUCGCAACAAAGCCACUGCCCACAAGCCAGCCCCAAGGAAAGAACCAAGGCCUAACAUCUCCUUGACUAGUGAGAAGAAGAAGUAUCGAGGGCCUGGCAAGACGGUGCCUAAGUCCCGGGAAUUCAUUGAAACGGAUUCAUCGACGUCUGAUUCCAACACAGAUCAGGAAGAGUCCCUGCAGAUCAAAGUCUUACCUUCUGGAGGAAUCUUUGCCAAAUCCAAGGAUACCUGUGGUGCCAGCCUGACUCUUAGCACCAGAACCAAUGACAACCUCAACAAUAACAUAACCAUCACUAAUGAGGAGCCAACUUUUUCACCCCUCCCUGUACUGCAUACUGAACUGCUGUCUCCUAUAGGAGAUCAUGAGAAUCUGAAAAAUCUCUGGGUGAAGAUUAAUCUUGACUUGCUCUCUAGAGUACCUGGUCACAGCUCAUUCCAAGUUGCACCCACCAAACCAGACCACAAAGAAACUGCCUCAAAACCCAAGCGUCAGACUACUGCCCCAGCUGCAGAAAAGCCCGCCCCUAAGGGCAAGCGUAAGCACAAGCCAACAGAAGUUGCAGAGAAAAUUCCUGAGAAGAAGCAACGCCUGGAGGAAACCACCACGAUAUGCCUGCUCCCACCUUGCAUCUCACCAGCCCCACCCCAUAAGCCUCCGAACACUAAAGAAAAUAAUUCAUCCCGGAGAGCAAACAGAAGGAAAGAAGAAAAACUGUUCCCUCCACCACUCUCCCCACUACCAGAGGACCCUCCACGCCGCAGAAACAUCAGCGGCAACAAUACUCCCUUCAGUCAUGAAAAAAUCUUCCCUGUCACUGGUCAGAUCACCUUGACCAAACCUAAGAAAAGUGAAGGCAAAUUCUGUGCGACUUUCAAAGGGAUAUCUGUGAAUGAGGGAGAUAUUCCAAAAAAGGCAGCCUCUGCCACCAUUACUGCACCAAUCAGUGCUACUGCCAUUGUCACUGCCACUGUCACGGCCACGGCCACGGCCACGGCCACCACCACAACCACUACCACCACCAUCUCCACCAUCACCUCCUCCAUCACUACUGGCCUCAUGGAUAGCAGUCACCUGGAGAUGACGUCCUGGGCAUCCCUGCCUCUUCUGUCGAGCAGCACCACCAAUGUUCGGAGACCCAAGCUCACUUUUGAUGAUUCGGUUCACAAUGCUGAUUAUUACAUGCAGGAGGCGAAGAAACUGAAGCACAAAGCUGAUGCCCUGUUUGAGAAAUUUGGCAAAGCUGUCAACUACGCCGAUGCAGCCCUCUCCUUCACUGAAUGUGGCAACGCCAUGGAACGCGAUCCCCUGGAAGCGAAGUCUCCGUACACCAUGUACUCCGAGACUGUGGAGCUGCUCAGGUAUGCAAUGAGGCUGAAGAACUUUGCCAGCCCCUUGGCUUCAGAUGGGGACAAAAAGCUAGCAGUAUUAUGCUACCGCUGUUUAUCACUGCUCUACUUGAGAAUGUUCAAACUGAAGAAGGACCAUGCUAUGAAGUACUCCAGAUCACUGAUGGAGUAUUUUAAGCAAAAUGCUUCAAAAGUUGCUCAGAUACCAUCUCCGUGGGUAGGCAAUGGAAAGAACACUCCAUCGCCGGUGUCUCUCAACAACGUCUCUCCCAUCAACACAAUGGGGAACUGUAACAACGGCCCAGUUACCAUUCCCCAGCGCAUUCACCACAUGGCUGCCAGCCACGUCAACAUCACUAGCAACGUGCUAAGAGGCUAUGAACACUGGGACAUGGCCGACAAGCUGACAAGAGAGAACAAAGAAUUCUUUGGCGACCUGGACACGUUGAUGGGGCCUCUGACCCAGCACAGCAGCAUGACUAAUCUUGUUCGCUACGUUCGUCAGGGACUGUGUUGGCUACGCAUCGAUGCCCACUUGUUGUAGUGGGUAUUCCCCAUCUCUUCCAUCACCACCCAUCACUCUACCUCUACCAGCACCGAUGGUCACUGGU